GGGGUAUCUGGCCUCAUUCUUCCUGCACAGUUUUCGUUUCUUGAUUUCGUUUCUUCGGCACUCCCGUGGUUCGGAGGGACGAGAGCGGACUGCUGACGUCUCGCGAGGCGGUACCUUGGGUCUCAUCUGGCUGUGAGCAAUAAGCCGUGAUGGUCUCUUGGUCAGGUGUCCGUGAUUUGUCCAUGGCGUCUCGUGUUCCUGAGUCCUCUCGUCGUUCUAUUUCGACCGUAUGGCUUCACUGGUCGUUUGGUUGAGGUGACCGUCGAGUCGUCAGUGACCGUGACGUCGUUUACUUCCCGUCGUUUUGAGACUCGUGAAACUCGGUUCUCGGAGACAAGCCGGAAACUACUACGUCCUCGACUAUUACGUCUCCCGUAUGGGUCGUCGACUAUUACGAGGGCUUGUCACCUGUUAUGCCCUGGGGUCGCUAUUUUUUAUUUAUUUCCGUACACGCUCGUUCGAAGCUGUUGGAGGUUGAGAGACCGUUUCGCAUCAACGAGAUGAGACUCCGAUGUUACCGUUAAAGAGUUGUCGCUUGGUUGCGUGAUACCGUCGAGAAGAGCUGCCGGUUCGUUACAAUGAGUGAUACGCUGAGCAUUCCGAGCUCUACGCUUGAUGAGGAAGGUCGUCGGUUCGCUGAGCUAUAUUCCGAGCCAUACGUGUUCGAAGUCGAGUGCCUUUACUUAGCCCUGUGGUGGAAGGUUACGGUAGAAAAUUGUGUUAAUUGUUCUAUAUAUACGGUAGACGCUGGUAUAUAUAGGACGUGUAUAAAUCUAUUCGAUGUAUCCGCCUGUGGAGCGUCAGGUUAUAUGAUGUACGGACGAUGUAUAUUUCCCUGCCUAUGCUUCGAUUGCAAGAUAUAUAUGCUUCCUGUAUAUGCAGGUCGCCAAAAGCUGGACUAGUCGGCGCCCCCUUGCGGGGUCAAUUGUUUUUCCUGCGUUCUUUCGUUCCGGAUUGUAUGAGCUAAGCAGGAUAAAACAGGAUCUCCAGGAAAGCUAGUUGUGUGGGGAGUUGAUUGAAAACAAGGAAAGUCGUCGCGUGCAUGUCAGUGUCCAUUUCUGCAAGUCUGAAGAGAAGCGAAGUUGUAGGGCGGUGUGGAUUGCUGGCUCUUGUUCUGCCGUCGCAUCCGUUCCUGUGCUUUACAGGAUUCGACUUCGGACAUCCUUCCGCGGUUUACUUACAAGAGCGGGCAACUUUGUAGCAGGUCCCUUGGUUUCCGUGUUUCGUUUCCGGUCCUCCUCUGACAAGAGUGCACCUUCCCAACCUCAUCUUCCAUAGGGGCUCUGGAACUUCCUCCUUUGCUGUCCAGCCUUCGCGUCUCGCCCGCUUCCUCGCCGGCUUGCCCCCCUCCCUCCCAUCCCCUUCGGGGGCUCUGGGACAUUCAUUCUCCUCCGCCUCUCCCCCCCGGAGUUUGUUCUGACUGGCUGUGAUUGCCCUAACAGCAGCGCAACAGGAGGUCCCUGGGGUAUCUUCUGUCAGCCAACGUCGUUCACUCCGAGUGUUGUGGUUGCUCACAGAAGUUUUGGCAUGUCCGCUCCGCUCAUCCUUGUCCAGUCUGCCAAACGUCCGCUAUGCGCAACCUAGUCCAGCUUGCCUAACCUAGUCCGCUCUGCCUCGCUCUUAAUUCUCCGUACUGCGUUUUGGAUUCGUGUCGACUCUCGUGUCGUCUCGCUGCUUCGGCUUGUCCUCCCCUCCCCCCUCCCCCAUCCCCUUCGGGGGCUCUGGGGCCUCAAUUUUUUUUCCGUAUGGUCCCGUUGUAGAUGCUUUGUUGCCCUGCCAGCAGCACAGCAGGCUGAACUCCCGCUCGUCGUACGUCGCGAACAAGUCUGAGCCUCGGAAUGGGCUGAAGAACCCGACGGGUAGCUGUAGUCGAGAUUCGCUGUCGCUUCUCAUGAAUUCCUGUCCUUUUUCCUCCUUGACUGUCUCCCGUCCUGCGCCCGAAUCAAGUUUCCUCCGUUGUAGGGGUCAAGGUUGCCGGUGUCUCCCCUCCCCUCCCCAUCCCCUUCGGGGGCUCUGGGGUUUCAGUUUCGUUUCUCCUUCCUGUAGUCUGUUCCCUGCCAGCAGCAGACAGCUCCAGAAAGACUUCCGAGUAGCCUUCCGAGUCAGCAGCAUAUGGUGUCCAGCCGACGGAACGAUCGGGUAGCUGUAGCUGGAAAACCUUAUCGUGUAUAACCUCCACUCCCUUCGUUCCUCUUGUGUCGACUGAUCUUUCACCGUCUAGGCACCCGAUUAGGCUUCUUCGCUUGCUAUUCGUCGGUGUCCGGCUUGCUGCCUCGUUCCCCUCCUUCCCCAUCCCCCUGGGGGGCUCUGGGGUUUCAGUUCCCCCCCUCCUCUGCCCCUCUAGUCCCUUUGUUGGCUGUGUUUGCCCUGCCAGCAGCACAGCAGGUUGUGGUUGAGUAGCUCUCUAACUACAUCGGUCUUACGGCCAGCUCCGGCUGCUCAGAAACUGACUGCUGACUGCUCAAGAAAGGGACACGGAAUGGUGUGGUCGAUUGUAUGUACCAGCCUGGCGUUACUCCAUUUUAACUACCGUUUUCUCCUUAACCCUUCCUACGUUGCGUUGCGUUAGACCAUUCUCUGGUUGACCCUGCGCGUCGGUGUAGGCGUUCCCUGCUUCCCCCCCUCCCCACCCCAUCCCCGUUGGGGGCUCUGGGGCUAAAAACUCCUGUUUCCUCCGCAGUCCCGCCCUCUUUGCUGUGGUUGCCCUGCCAGCAGCACAGCAGGUUCUCACACGCAAGCAUGUGUCAGCCCCAGAUUCGCCAAGCAGUCACGGAUUGAACGACUGGGUACCUGUAGUUGCGAAGCUUACACUAUACUUUUAAGUCUCUCUUUCCUAGCGUGUUGCGUCCCUAGCGCAGUCUCAGGCGUAGUCUCGGUGUUGUAGGCUCGGUCUGGUUCCCCUCCCCUCCCCUCCCCUCUCCUCCCCAUCCCCUCCGGGGGCUCUGGGGUUUCAGUUCCCCUCUCCCUCCUCCCUUGUCCCUGCCGCUAGUAACCUACGCAUCCUUACAGGUACUUCGACAGCAGCACACGCUGAGGGCUCUGCGUCCAAGUAACGCAACCCUGUUAGGUACCCCACAGACCGGUGGUUCAUUCGAUUGGUUCAUUCGAAUUGUUUCCCAUCUGUAAAACUGGUGGUCGCUCCGUUGGUCCCUAGCCCGUGUCGCUAUCCGUAUCCGUUUUGAGCCGGCUCUUUUCUUAUCUUGCAGUGCACCUGUGGUCUUCCUGGUUGGCGUUCCUCCUCCCCUCCCCUCCUCCCUGGGGCCCCCUGGCCCCAUAACCUGUCUCUCUCCUUCCUCCUAGCCACACUCCGUCCGUCCCCACAGGCUGCUUGCCUGCACGUCCCGCUUCGGUCGUCCUAUCCGUCUGCAUGUGCUCCCGCCGCGUUUGCUCCCUGCCAAGGUUCCUGCGCCUCCCGUCCAAUCCCGCAGUGCUUCAGACCUCGGUGCUUCGGCCUUGCGUCCCUCAGUCCUAUUUUCGUGCCUCUUCGCCUCCUUGCCUCUUCCAGCGUUACUUUCGGUU